GUGUGGGGAGAUGGAGUAUCAUUGUUCAGCAUGAGAGAUUCUGUGCCUUUGUCAACAUCAAGAAUGCCAACAUGGCCGCUGUCACCUUAGAGAGGCUCCAGUGACAGUAAGUUGACUAACUGUUCAAGACCUCUCCCCUUCACUUCACUCUACUGCAAGGUGGGAGAUGCAACAAUGGCUUUGAGAACAGCAGGAAGUGUGUUGGUGGUCUUUCUCUGGUCUGUGACAGUUGUACUGGGUCAGGAUGGCUGGAGUGUGACUUACACCCCUCAGAGUAUCUGUGCCUUGAAGUGGUCAACAGUGGAUCUGACCUGCUCUUACACAUAUCCCAGUGGUUAUACAGUCACAACAACCCUCUGGUUCACUAAAUGGGGGACUGGUGUAGAACCUAAAGAUCUAGGUCAGGACCCAGAGUAUGCAGGUCGUCUGGUGUAUAAUGGGGAUAAGAAGAAUGACUGUACCAUGACAAUCACAGACCUGAGAGAGAGAGACUCAGCUACGUACAAGUUCAGAUUAUUAACAGAUCAGGAAGGAGGGAAAUAUACUGGCGAACCUGGAGUCACUCUGUCUGUCACAGGUCUUCAGGUGAAGGUGACUGGUGGACAUCAGGAUAAGACACUGACCUGUAGCACCACCUGUACUCUGACUGACAACCCCACCUACAUCUGGUACAAGAACGGACAACAUCUAGAUGAGAGCACCUCCCCCCAGUACAAAGACUCAGUCUCCAGUAACUAUGAAGACAGUUACUCCUGUGCUGUAAAAGGCCAUGAGAAUCUCCACUCUCCUGCAGUGUGUGUUCAGGGUGAGAGUUGUAUGAAUGUGACUUACACCCAUCAGAGUAUCUGUGCUUUGAAAGGGUCAACAGUGGACAUAUCCUGCUUUUACACACAUCACAGUUGGCAUAACGUCGCAGAAGUGUCCUGGUUUAACAAAUGGGAGUCUGGUGUCACUAAAGACCUGAGCCUGAACCCAGAGUAUGCAGAUCGUGUGGAAUACCAUCGACAAACAGAAAAGGACUCCACCCUGAGAAUCACAGACCUGAGAGAAAGUGACUCAACUGAGUACAAGUUCAGAUUUACAACUGAUGAUGCAAGAUGGGGGUCCAGCUUCCCUGGAACAACUCUGACUGUCACAGGUCUGCAGGUGAAGGUGACUCCUGAUCAGUUUUCAGAGCAUAAGACACUGACCUGUAUCACCACCUGUACUCUGACUGACAACCCCACCUACAUCUGGUACAAGAACGGACAACAUCUAGAUGAGAGCACCUCCCCCCAGUACAAAGACUCAGUCUCCAGUAACUAUGAAGACAGUUACUCCUGUGCUGUAAAAGGCCAUGAGGAUCUCCACUCUCCUGCAGUUUGUGUUCAGGGUCAGAGAUGCAACAGAGUGACUUACACCAAGAGGAGAAUCUGUGUCUUGAAGGGGUCAACAGUGGACAUAUCCUGUACUUAUGUUGGUUAUUAUUCCACCACAUCAUCAUUCUGGUUUAGAAGUGAUAAGUCGACCCCUGAAGACCUAACCAGAGACCCAGGGUAUGCAGGUCGUGUGGAGUAUACUGGAACAUACAGAGGUCCCUUCACCCUGAGAAUCACAGAUCUGAGAGAGGAGGACUCAGCUGAGUAUCGCUUCACUUUUAAAACAGACAACUUUGAAUGGGGUCAUAGUUUACCAGGAACAACUCUGUCUGUCACAGGUCUGCAGGUGAAGGUGACUCCUGCUGCAGAGGGACAGAAGACACUGACCUGUAUCACCACCUGUACUCUGACUGACAACCCCACCUACAUCUGGUACAAGAACGGACAACGUCUAGAUGAGCCCACUUCCCAACAAUACUCUAGUAAUACCCUAGUAGUGUUGGGUCAUUCUGUGGACAGUUACUCCUGUGCUGUAGAACACCAUGAGGACCUCCACUCUCCUGCAGUGUAUGCUCCAAAGAACACCUCAGUGUCAGUCAGUCCCUCUGGUGAAAUAGUGGAGGGCAGUUCAGUGACUCUGACCUGCAGCAGUGAUGCCAACCCACCUGUGGACAAAUACACCUGGUACAAGAAGAACGUAACCUCACCAAAAGCAUCAGGACAGAGUUACAUCAUCACUAACAUCAUCUCUGAGGACAGAGGAGAAUAUUACUGUGAGGCCCAGAAUGGAAGAGGAUCUGAACUCUUCUACAGCUCUGAUGAUCAUUCAGUGUAA